AGAACCACCGACCAGAGUCCCUUUCUCCAGUGACUUCUUUGCUUAUGUGCCAGCUUCCUAGAGGGCGGUCACCACCAAAUACUCCAAGCCAGGCUGAGGGAGUGGUGGGCUGCCCAAUUGUGGGCGAUCAGCCUGAAAAAACAGAUCAUAUGUACUGAGAGCAUAUAAUGUGCCAAGCGCUGAACAACAUUAUCUUAAUCUUUACAACAGCCCAGUGAGGUAGGACAAGUAUCACCCCAUCUUACAGAUGAGAAUACUGAGGCCCUGCCGGGUGAUUUCAAGCCAAGGAUCGAGGGUGGCUUAAACUAGGGUUUGUGGCUCCUAGCCCCACACUCUCCUCUCUCUUUUUUUUUAACAUUCUAAAAUAUUAUUUACUUGAUAGGCGUCUGGGUGGCUCAGGUCCUGAUCCCGGGGUCCUGGGAUCAAGUUCCGCAUCAGGCUCCCUGCGGGGAGCCUGCCUCUGUGUGUCCCUCAUGAAUAUAUAGUCUUUUUAAAAAAAUUUACUUGACACAGAGAGCGAGCACAAGCAGGCGAGAGGGAGACACAGGCUCCCAGGGGCGGAGCAGGGAUCCUGAGUGGGGCUCCAUCCCAGGGCCCCAGGACCAUGACCUGAGCCGAAGCCACAUGCUUAACCCACAAACAUUCCGGCGCCCCCCACCCCCUUCUUGAAGAUCUUCUCCGACUCUUAAACACCUGUCAUUUUUCCUACCCUGAGUCGUAUCAAUUACUCUCUUUACCUGCCGCCGCCCCCUCCCCAGGUUUGGGACCCCUGGUGCAGGGUGGGCUAUGCCCCUCUACAGACUCUACGCUAGGAAAACUGAGCGCCACGGGCAAGGCUUCGUCUGUUCCCACCGCCGCCCUCGUGGGUCGUCGGUCCAUAGUAACUACAGACGAGGAAACGGACAAAGGAAUGGUUCUCAGGAGCAAAGGGAAUGAAGGGUCAGGCGGCGCAUCUGAAGCCACGCCUAAGAACCGCGAAGCCCCCAAGAAAACGAAAAGGACUCCCUCCCCCUCCCCUCGAAUCUUUAUACAUGAGCCCUACGGGUCGCGGGGAGGCCCACUCCUCCCAGACUAGAUGGUUCAAUGGUCGUCGCGCGCGGCGUACUCUGGGAAAACCGCAGGGAGGGGCCUCAGAAGGCCCCGGCCCGCCUCCGAUUUAGCUGUCUUAACUUUUGCCUGGAAAACAUGUACCAUCUUAGUACUUAUUUUUUUCCUUAUUCCGUCACCAUCUGUUGAGACUAGAGCUCGAGGCUACUCAUAAAAAUGUCUCCGGGAGGUCGAGAGUCUUAAGGCACGGCAGGCAUUCAUACGGGCAGCUAAGCACUCAGGGGGCCCUUCACUUCUCUCUCCGUUCGCUUCAUAGCGCCGGCACAAGCGGCUGCCAAUGAGCUCCGAUGAGUAGCACAAGGGGCAGGGCCAGCCCUUAAAGGAACCGCGACCUCUUAGCAGACCGGAGGGUGACCCAGACGAUGGCGGCCGGAGCGGCCCUAGCCUUGGCACUGUGGCUACUACUGCCGCCAAUGGGGGUUGAGGGGGCAGGUCCCCCCCCGAUCCAGGACGGCGAGUUCACGUUCCUGUUGCCCGCGGGGAGGAAGCAGUGUUUCUAUCAGUCUGCGCCGGCCAAUGCAAGCCUCGAGACCGAGUACCAGGUAGUGAUCGGAGGUGCUGGACUGGACGUGGAUUUCACCCUGGAGAGCCCUCAGGGCGUGCUGCUGGUCAGCGAGUCCCGCAAGGCAGAUGGGGUGCACACCCUGCAGGAUGACGAGGAGGUCGAGGGCUGGGCAGAGGCUGUGGAGCCUGAGGAGAUGCUGGAUGUGAAGAUGGAGGACAUCAAGGAGUCCAUCGAGACCAUGAAGACCCGGCUGGAGCGUAGCAUCCAGAUGCUGACGCUAUUGCGGGCCUUCGAGGCACGUGACCGCAACCUGCAGGAGGGCAACCUGGAGCGGGUCAACUUCUGGUCUGCUGUGAACGUGGCCGUGCUGCUGCUGGUGGCUGUGCUCCAGGUGUGCACGCUCAAGCGCUUCUUCCAGGACAAGCGCCCUGUGCCCACGUAGCCCCCGAAGGGAGAACAGGGAAAGAAGGGCAGCA